UAGAAUGCGCCAAAGCAGUCGGCCACCCCAAAGCACCCCUGGACACAACUAAGGUCUUCCCAUGUUCUUAGCGCUUCAGUUUUAUCGACUUUGCUUUCUGAUUGCACUCUCAGGCUCGUUGUCAUGUAGUUACAACUCUAUCAUGUGGUUUUUAAUUUUACAUGUUCCAUUUUUGAUCACCGGAUGAAAUGAUUAGAAUCGCAUCUUGCCUUCAUUCCAUGUUUCUUAUUCGUAUAGUGGUUUGAUUUCAAAUUUCUAAUGUGUCUUGAGAAAGAAGAAUUAGAUGUCUGAAAUGAAAGACUUCAACAUCCUUGGAUAUCCUAUCUACCUUGGAAGAAUGCCGUGGCCUUCACAGUAGUAUAAACUUUCGUGCGCAUUGUAAGGAGAGCUUGGUGCUGAGGGUUGAGUUUGUCGCGGUCCGCAUUGGCUGCGAGGUCGACUCGAUAGUGUAGGCCAUCAUAGCUGCUGUUGAACGCGACAUCAGCUGUAAGGCAAAUGCGUUCUUCGCUGCUUCUUCUCUUCGGUAGCCGCUGUCUUGGUUAUCGGGAACAAUAUUAGUCGAAGUUGCCACAGUCUCUUCGGAUUACUAGUAUACAGAUCGUUUUGCUCAGCACCAGUUGAACUUGAAUCACCCGACUCGUUUCAACGUAAACAACUUCGAAGCUCAAGAAGCAAAAGCCAUGUCGUCGAGCAGCACUACGAUGCUGGCUCACAGUAGCAGCGAUGGCCUCGUCGUCGAUGUGGACCGCUGGACACUGGCGAUGGACGAAUGCUUCGCUGGCUCGACAGCAUCGUCGCAGGAGGUGCCGCCUCUGUGUGGUGAUCCAUUGCCAGAAGAUUUCGCUCUCGGCGUUAUCGUCGGCAAGAGUGGGAGCGGGAGGACGAGGCUGAUGAAGCACGUGCGGCAACUGUUCGAGGAAAAAAGAAAGGCCUCCGGAGCGACGCCGAUGGCUACAGCAGCAGGACCGCCAUCAUGUUCAGGCUUUCCACAUUCAUGCUCAUCAUCGUCUUCAACCACUGGGAAACAAGAGCAGCGGCAUGAUGGCUCCGUCGUCUCCGAUCCGGACUUCCUUCAAAGGGGUCCGCCUGACAGCGUGCGUGAAGACAUGGCAGUCCGGCUUUCCUGCGAUUGUUACUGCAGCAGCACGGGCGCGCUGCUGGCGAAAGAGGGGAGUUUGGGCAGGAUGGUGAUCAUCGGCAAGGACAAUAGAACGCCAGAGAGUGCCACAGUGGAACUCUUCGAGCCUUUGACAUCGCUGCCCCCGCGCUCGUCUCCGACAAAAGUUAAGCAGGAGAAUCCAGACGGCGGGAAAGAAGCGGAGACUCGAGACGCAAAGGCAAAGAAGCUGGUAGACUUGCCGCUUUGUAAGCUACGAGCUUUCACGGGGCUCGACGCUUUGCAAAACGUUGGCCUAAACAAAAUUCCGACUUGGAUGCGCAAGGCUUACCAGUUGAUUACGGCACGCCUCGCCGAUUUACUUACCUACUUUCUUCAUUGGCUCUGCAUCUAGCUGUGCCCUCGACGCUGCCUAUCAUUAUCAAUCAAUCAAUCAGUCAAUCUAUUCUCAUGCCAUGGGGGAAGAUACACAGAAGCAAUCCGCUGCAGCCUUCCAGUAUCAGACUUCUCAGGACUAGUUAUUUCGGGUUUUAGGGUAUGUCGAAAAAAUGCAUCGCUUUCCUCUCCUAAUUUUAGCAACGGGGAGCGCAGCCGCUUCGAGCUUGCCAAGAUGUUGCGGUCGGACGUGGACAUUGAUGACUUUGCCUCUGUAGUGGAUAAGUACAAUGCGUGGUCGAUGUCGUUUUCGCUGAGUCGUUGUAUGCAGAAGCACAACGUCAGACGGGUUCUAGUUACAAUUUCUAAUCCAGCGUGCUUGCGAUACCUGCAGCCAGACUUCGCGAUAAAAGCGAGAUCUGGACAGGUAUGGAGAUUGGGUUCCUCAUAUUAUCUUUCUCCUUGUUUAGUUCAGAGUCAGUCGCUGAAGUUUCUCAGCGUCUAUUCAUUGGUGAAAUCACUGGAAUUCGUUAUGUAAUGGUGCGAUCAUCACCCACGCAAAGUUUUUUGUUCACUAAUUUCAACAUAUGAAGUUGUUUGUUCCUGCUUGGGUAGAUUCAUUAUGGGCACAAGUUCCAGUUUGGUUGUUUUGAUCUGACUUUAGUACUUACUUUUUUCUCAUUCUAACAUUUAGGUCAUUGCGAAUCCGGUCGAGAAGAAGGACAGAAAGCUGACUUAUGAGUGGUCGACACCAGGUUGCCAAGGAUGGCAACCAAGAGACGAAAGCAAGGGCCACCAGGCUUCGUGGAUCGGGGAGAUUGACGAUGUUGAAGAUUUAACAAGCGAGGCUUCUGCAGUGAAAUUACCCCCAGGACGGGAAUUGGUCGACCAUCGGCGGGGAAAAGUUUCAUCCGAGAACGUGACACGCAAAAAAGUGCUGACAUCUUCGGUAUCUAUUGCUUUUAUGCUGUUUCAAAAGUUAUGGGCGUAUGCUUCGAAUUCUAAUAAAAUAGGUUCCUCUUCUUUAAUAUCUCCCUCUAUCAAGCCUUCUUUCAUGUGAUUACUUUCCUUCGAGUCCCUAAUCAGCUACAACAUCUUCAAACAUAUCUUUCCAUCUUCAGUUUCAUCAUCUACCGAAUAGAGUGUACUUAUUCUUACUCUCCCACUUACCGUUUGAGGUUCCGUUUUGUCCGGCAACUGCAGAAGCAGCAAACGCAUUUGAGCUACCGAGAGACGCGAAGCAGUCGGACUGGUUCACGACGAGACAGACGAUCCACCUACCGCAAUCGAGCCACGAAGUGUGGAAUCACGGCCAUGGCGAUCUUUCUGUGAUUUCGGUGGUAGGUCCGAGCGGAAGCGGUAAGACGUCGUCGCUAUCUGAGUUUUGCCGUAACCGCAAAAAGAUCGACGUGGGCUUCUCGGAGGCAGAUAAGCUGUCGAGAAGCCGGGCUGUGAUCUCAGUGCUAGGCGACAUUGUGGCGGGCGAUUCUCCUCAUGUGGAUGCGCGGAACAUCGUUGGUGGCUUGCUUAAUUUGGUGCAGCGAUCGCUUUUGUUGCGUUCGAGUGCGUUGCUUUUGCCGUAUGCUUGUUUGUCAACGUCUGAGCAGGAUCGCGUCGAGUUGGCGGCUUUGAUUCUCCAGGGGCUGCGCUUCCACGUAGAAAACAAGGCGAAAGACCGAGAAGGAGAAGGUAAGGCGGCGACCGUCCUCAUCGAUGAGUUCACCAGCCAUCUCGAGAGGAAGACAGCUGAAGCGGCCUGCCUCAGACUAGGGAAGUACUUGCGUACGGAUCGUUGGUGGUCUUCGCUUUUCCCGCCCGCAGUGUGCUCAUCGUCUUCGAGGUCCAGUGCUGGGGGGUUGCCUAUCGAGAAAGGACACACAGCGAGUCCGCAGCGGAUCGCCGCAACGCCCUUCAGCGAUAGCACGGGGAGCACGUUUGGGCGGUCAAGUGCGAAGAAGGACCAACCGGUGACAGUCGGCCACGUUCGCUUCGUGUUUGCGGGAGUGUUCGAGGAUACGCUCCGUUGGUUGCGGCCAGACGUCUGUUUGCACACACGCACUGGUAACGUUUCGGUUUUGACGGACGCGGAAGAGCAGAAGCUGACGUCUGAGCUGGCAGAGAUCGGAGCGAAGCUCGCGGUGCGUCGCAGUUCGCAGCUACAAAAAUUGAGGCCAACGAAGAAGAAGAAGCUACCAACAGCGGGACUCGCGGUCUCGGGAACAGGACAGCGCGCGAGCAGCGCGAUGCAAGGGUGCAGUCCGCCUGCUAAUAUUGCUCUGGAGGAAUCCCUGCAGUCAGUGCAGCAGGCAGGAGUGUCACAGGUGACAGUAUACCAGUCAUCGUAUGGCGGCUCUUUCCCCACUGGAGGCAGCACAAGCGACGUGGAAACGUUGGACCAGUUUGAUCAAGGCAUAAGAGCAUCUUCCUCGUCGUGCUCCACUUCCGCAGUAGGCUUCACAAAGCGCAACCACACGACGGCGCUUCCAGGCUGUAGUAGUAAUUUUGGAUCUUCACGUCUCUACUCGACGAGCGCCGAAGCAGCGACUGACGCGAAGAAACUAGAAGAUGAGAGGAAAGAUAUCAUCAAAGAGCUAAAACCGAGGCCAUUGCGUCUGUCGUUGAAGCGCGUGAAAGACUACCACACUGCGAGACACGUCUGGGAUCUACACUUUGAGCCGCAUCACUACCUUGACGGCAAACUUGCAAAGAAUUCGCACUCAUUUUUACUUCGACUCUAUGACUAUGAGAAAAAAGCCGAUAUUCCGGUGGGGCUCAUUGCGACGCAAGUGCAGCCAGGCAUAGGAAUGGGAAGCAUUUCAUUUCGCGAGCAUCGCUUGGUAAUCUACGUGAUAGCGAUACUUCUAACUCUACUUAAUCACUUUCAUCGUUUUCUCCACGGAUUUCAUAGGCGCAGCCGUUUGGAGAUAUUGUCUUACUUUGUGUCGCAGGAUCUUUUUUUUAUCUGCGCGAAAUCUAUCGGCAAAAGAUACAUAUAGUCGGCAGUCGCAGAAACUUGUAACAUACACAUGACAGGUAGUACUACCGGAGUUUCAGGGUCUUGGCAUCGGCGUGCGAGUAUCAGACACGCUGGCGCAGUGUCAUAUCGAUGCGGGGCUUUGCUACACAGGAAUCACUGCGCACCCGCGUCUUGGAGGAUACCGGGACUCGAAGGAUGUCUGGGCAGCCAAGGACGGGAAUGGGGAACGUCAUGAGCCGUGCUUCACAAAAGAAAAGGAAAAAUCGAGAAAGGAGAAGAAGAAAGAAAAGCUCGAAUACAAGGUACUUAAGCGGCUCCACUAGCUCGGAUUUGCUCUCUUACCACAUAGCUAAAUGCACUUACUAAAAGUUGGAAUCAUCGGAAGGCUGCAAAAUGGAAAGGAUGCUAGUUCUUUUUUUCCUCCACCCUCUUGGACUUUAUGUUGCUGCGAAGAAGAUAUUAUAGGUAUCCAUAGUUGCAAAAAACGCCUUGAGCUGCUGCGUCUACAUCUGAAUGCAAAAAAUUCAUGCAGGAAGCGCACAAUGGCAAAAGCCCCCCGAGAAAGAAGACUCAAAAGCGGAGCCGGGAGGAAAUCGCAGCGGAGAAGGCACAGUUUCGGCUAACCUUCCGGCAUCUAUUUCUUGGGCGGGAUCAAUCGGGGAACCUGCUCGACGGCAACAGGGACCUCCAGCGAAUCAGCGCCGAGGCGUGUAAGGCUGCAAUCGCAAAGAAGAAGGAAGAGGAGGAGACGCAGGCGAAGCGCAACAAGCAUCAAAAGAAGGAGUUAGUAUGUACAAGUCGCCAGUUGCAGUUACCUAUCACGGAUUUUCUUUCACGAGGUGGAGGAGCCGUAGCAUCGUCCGCACAGCAGCUCGUCUCCGGAGUCAAUGUGAAUAGAGACCCUAUUGCAUGUCCGCAAUCCGGCAGCUCGAGUUCCGCUGCAGGCGCUUCCACGAGCGCUAUGCCACCUGUUCCAAGCCUUAUCGAGCGUGAUCAUAGCGGUGUCUCUCGUGGUACGUCGGGGACGGUUGAGCUGACUGCUGACCCGCCUGCAGGCAUCAAGCGGGGGCGGCAAGCUCUAAAUUUGUCAGACAAAGAUGCAGCUGCGUUAUGGAGUCGCGUGUGCACUCUGAAGGCUCACGAUCAGGGAGACGCUUUGCAAAUCGGUGGGGUGAAGAAGUGCGACGGCGCCAAAACAACUAAAAGGUAAGGCACAGAGGAAAUAGUAAGAUGAAGUAGUGCGAAGCAUUCCCCUAAGGACCUAAAGUUCGGAUAGAUUGAGAGCGUCUCCAUUACGAGCUAAUAUAUUCACUCUCGAUGAGAACCUCUGACACACUCUAAGCUUGAUUCCCGUAUACGCGGGGAGACGCAGUUAGCCGCGCCGCUGCCGAGGCUCGCUUCGAGAAGUUCAGGGCGCUCGUCGAGGGAUCUGCGGAGGCUGUGGCAGACAUUAAGGAAGGGCGAGGCACUAGAGAUACGUCAGACGAAAGCGCAGCGGCUUCGUGGAGUCUGGUGACCAGCCGCACGAUCCACGAUCGCGGGAGUUAUCUGCAAAUUGCUGGGAUUAAGAAGUGUGACGGGAGAGGGACCACGAAGAAUUAUGGCGCAUGAGACAGAUAGAAAAUCACUGCCAUAAGAAGCAUUCCCUCCAUUGCGUUAAAUAAAUCUUUUCGAACUUGAUUAACUAUUAUUACAAAUCGCAAAUAGUAUGACGCUAAACUUCAACUUAACUUCUAUCUUUUCUGACAGUCAUCUGUUGAGUUUUCAGGUUUUCAGCUGAAUAGGCUUUUUGAGUGUGUAUAUUGAUUAUAUGACGUUGAUCGAUUUUUUUACAGCGAGAUAAGACGAUGGUCUCUAACUCUUCUUUGGGUAUACACCAGGAGACGCACCGAGCCGCGCGGUGGCCAUGGCCCGUGCGGAGAAGUUCCAAACGCUCGUGGCAAAGGGGAACGCCUCGGGAUCGUCUUCGUCUGCUUCGGGUCUGAUCCUGGGAGGUGCCGCAGCUACAAGCUCGAGAUCAUUGGCCUCGUCUUCUUCUUCAGCCUCAUCAAGUAAUCCACCGCAGCAACGCGCGGAGCCUCCUCUAAUUGGCCAAUCUCGAAGUACUUUCGAGCACCAAGAAGAACUAGUGGCGUCCACCUCGUAUAACAACGCAGCGUUGCGCAGUGCAGCAUCACCACAAGGACGCGGCCAGGAGUCUCAAUUGAUGCAACAAAUGGGGGACUGCAACCUGGACGACGACGAGAGUGAUGAUGCGCCACUACUAAAGAGGCGGAAAGUUUCUGAUAUGGACCAGAGAGCAGAAGAUCAAGGUGCUCUACAACUAGGUACGGGUCUCAGCGUAGCCGAGGCUGCUUUAGGUGUGGAGCAUAGAGGUACAGCAGUUGCUGGCCAGCCACAAAGCGAUGACGACGAGCCGGUGAUAGUGAUAACGUCUUCAUCGGAAGACAGCAGUUUACAGAUUCUGUCGUGAAUUGUCUUAAACGAGAAGCCAAUCUUUGCAGGUUCAUUCAACCUACUUUUCAAUUCUGCUUAAAGUUUUUACUUGUCAUGAUUGAUUCGUUGUUAAUUUCCGAUCAUUUGUUCCUACUAAUCUUGAUGUCAUAUCUAUCAAGCUCCGCGAUGUCAUAUCUCUCAGCCAGAAAACAGAUUCCCAUGCAUGCAGAGCUAAAAGAUUUAUGUGUUGUGAGCUUUUUUUACGGUUUUAUUCUUUUCGGCUCUCGGAUUUUUGCAUUCAUUAGAAGUAAAAGUACUGCAAAGACAAAAUUUGGUAAGGGGAGAACACGCUGUACUUUACAUGAUCAAUAGGUUCGUUCUGAUUUCGCUCUUAUCUUUUUCUGCAUGAACUAGAUUCUCUCGUAUACAUUGCACCAAUUUCUAGUCAGUGUCUGGAAUUUCGAGGACAACCUAUUUCCCUUCCAUGAUGUUGUAUAGUAUGAGAGAGAGACUCCUGGAAAAGAAAAACUAUAUUGGAGGAGGGCUUGUCUGACUCAGAUUCCCGGGAGACUGCACUUUCGGCGAAUCGCUACAGUAAGCCCGACCCUAUUGGGUGUAAAAAACAAGAUAUUAUCAGUCGUAUUUUUAGUUAUUGACUUAUCACUAAUCAACACAAAAAACAGAAACUGUCAGAUCUAAUCCUUUCUCGUCAAUUUUGCAACGCAGUGAAAACAAAGCAAGGGGAGCAAGUCAGGUUUUGCCUUCAGUUCUUUAUGUGGAAUUCAAAGACGAGAAAGUAACGGAAAUUGACACUUGCAAUCAAGUUCUCGAAGGGUUUCUUUUCAUACUGUCUAGGCGUACACGGGACAAAGGGUGUUCCUAAAG